AUGAAGUUCUCCGUUGUUUCCACGCUCGCGGCACUUGGGGCCGUAGCCUUCACCGCCCACAUACCUCAUUCCAAAGUCAUGGAAGCGCUCGAGGACGUCGAAGACUUUGGCCACUGCCCCAAUUGUCAGCACCAGCCCAUGUAUACGGCUUUCAUCGACGAAAAUGAGCUUGAUACGGAUAUGGCGCCUCACGGGGUAGACAAGCGUGGCUACUACACCUGCUACAACCGACAGACAAACUCCGUCGAUGUCAUCGACUGCCAAGCGAUCAUCGACCGCAUCAACGCCACACACCAGCCGCUCGUCGUGCCGAACGGGCUCUGUCUGACCUGGUGGCAGGGCAGCUGCAUGUCGCGGCUGUGCGCCAAGGCGGCUGCCCAGAAGGGCUUGAACAUGACUUCGGAUUCGGUCGUCAACGAGCUUCAGGGGGUCAUCCUCAACGAUUGCGUCAAGGUGGGGCUCGAUGGCAUGGCGGGAGACUGUGUCAAUAUGGUCAGCAACUGUGGUACUUAUCGGUUAACUUUGGAGCAUCAUGGUAGCGGAGUGCUCGGUGGCCCACCACCAAGUUAG